UCGUCUUGUUCGUCAUUCGCCCACUGUGCUGUUGUUUGCUUAGGGUUUGAAGAGUUCCAAUUUCCCUUCAUUUCUUCACAAGCAAUUCCCCAACCGUUUCGUUUCGAUAACUCGAGAAAUUGGAACUAGCUUCGGAUACGGUCCUAUCAGGAUAAUUUGGUGGUUAAAGACAUAAAAUGGCUUUAGUUGCCCAUCAACCGCAGGGCUUAUAUGUGACAUUUUCCUCUAGGCAUUUGUCAUGGAGCAAAAGGCUGAAGUUGAAGCAGUGUUUAACAAAAUGUCACUUGAUUGGAAGAGCUGAUUGGCAUUACUUAUUAAAUCAGAAUAUUUGUUUAAGUGUAGGGCCUCCUCACAUUUGUGGACCCAAACUGAAACCUUUGAGGAUUUCAGGGUUCAAAGGCAGUGCCAAAGAUGAUGAUUCAGUAACUAGGGCCAAUGGAUUGAAGAUCCCCAAGACCUCUGUUAAACUAGAAGAAAGUGGGGAAAUCAAAUCAGAAUCUCCAAAGGCCAACAGUGUUCGGCUGUCUUGUGCCUCUGAAGCAAAUGAGAACCUUGCAGCAUCACCUGGUAUUCAUAAACUCUUCAAAAAAUGGCUUACAAUAUUGCGCACACCACCUUCGAAUCAAGGAGUGGAGGAAAUCUUGGGAAAACCACCUACAGGAGGGGUUUCACCAGAAACUCUACAAGGGAUGCAAAAGACUGUAAAAGGUCAGUCAUUGAAGGUAGCAUGGUCACAUUUACUAGCCCUGGAUGCAACAAUAAAGAUUCCUUUCUUAAUAUUUGCUCCUUUCUACUUGGCUGUUAACGUAGUUCAUGGUGCUGAGGUGUCAAAGGAGUUAACUCCUUUAUGGGUUUUGGGGCCACUCAUUGUGGCUCUGUACAUCAUGAUAGUGCGGUGGCUGAGUGCACUCUAUGUCUUCAGCUUCAAGCAGACUGUCAAAGUAAUUAAGAAUUUACCAUCUUACUGCAUUUUGGCCUACAGCUAUGUUUUUUGUGGCAAGCUCAAAGAGGACAUCCAUGCUCUUAUUUUGCAGCCUAUAUUGAGCAUAAAAAAUACUGAUUAUAAAAAGCUGACGAGAAAAAAGUUGAAAGAAUUGGCAGAGUGGAUAAUUGAGAAGUAUCUUGAUUUUGUGGAAUCAAUAUGGCCGUACUAUUGUCGGACAAUCAGGUUUUUGAAAAGGGCUAAUCUUAUUUAAAUUUGAAAGUAAUUUUGUUUGAGGUUAGUCUUGACGAGGGUUAAGAGAGAGAGAGAAAUUGGGGUGGGGGGUUGCAGAAAGUUGACAGUGAUUUCAAAUGAGGACUAGGCAAUCCCAUUUUAUUCCGGGGUCUUGCUGUUUUGAGCGAGUAAAUGGUCACGAGUUAGCUAGUUCCUGAUUCCUGUUACGUUGGGUUAGGUUGUAAUUGUAUCGCACGUGAGUACGAGGUUGUGUAUUAGAUCGAUUCAGUUUGUGUUUGGGCAUCGGAACGGAUUCUUUCUAAGCCUAGCACACCCUACCCUUGUUUUCUUGCGUAAGAGCUGUGUAUUGUGUAGCAUCAUUGCUGAAGAUGGUUUAGUAUUCUACCUCCCUCCUGCCUUGUUAACAGCUGGAGCUGGUUUAAAGAUGGCUACCGAGAGCGAACAUUCUUGUUUCUCUGAGGUAUUCACAAAUCUAUCCAAUUCAAUAUAAACUAUAAAAAUUGAAAUCAAAAUUAAAAAUUGUAAAAACUGAAGAUCUUUUAUUGGAUUGGAUUUUGAAUUUAAUUUUAAAAAUUGAUUCAAUUCAGAAUUGAAUUUAUGUGCGGAUAUUUGGAAUUUUACAACUUAUGUAAGCAUAUACUUUCGAAAUUGUAAUACCUAAUUAUUUUUUCAUGUU